CUCAGGGUCUGCGUCACACACACCCCAGCUCUCCCGAUGGGUCUCUGCACUCGCUGUUGCCUCCGCCUGGAAGUCUCUUUCCUGGUGUCAUCGUCUCCGUGGUGCGUCCUUCCUGACCUUCCACCUCCACCAGUCUGUCCCCCUUGGGGACAGGACUGGUUGCUCAUGUUCAUCCGGCAGGCUGGACGCUUCGUGGAGGGCUCCAAAGCUGGCAGAUCCCGGGGCCUCCUCUGUCUCUCCCAGGCCCUGUGUGUUGCGGUGAGGGGAGCAUUUGUGUCUCUGUGGUUUGCUGCUGGAGCUGAUGACCGGGAGAGAAACAAGGGAGACAAGGGUGUCCAGACAGGUGUGGGGCUCAGCCAGGAGGCAGAAGACGUGGACAUGUCCUGGGCCAGGAGGGUCACAGAUGCGCCACCAGGCACCCUGUGUGGCACUGGGAACAGGAAUUCUGGGAGUCAGUCUUCAAGGGCGGUGGGCAUUGCUCACCUGGGAGAAGCCUUUAGAGUGGGCGUUGAGCAGGCCAUUAGCUCGUGCCUUGAGGAGGUGCAUGGGCAGCAUAUGCCCUCCAUGGACAUUAUGUGGGUGCGCAUGGAUGUGGCUCUGCGCUCACCUGGGUGAGGACUUCUGGCCGGUGCCGGCGCACUCGGCAUGACCCUGGCAGAAUCGAGCUGCCCUGACUGUGAAAGGGGAAGAAGAGCAUGCCUGACCCCCCACCGGCACCCCACCCCUCACUGCUCCACCUGGGGCCUGCCUCUGGCGGUGGCUGGGUCCUGGCUGACUGUUGAGACUGUUGAGGCCCUGAGGGGGUGGGAAAUGGGAGUUAGGAGGACUGGCCAGGUGGGGCCCACUAUACACCCACCCCCAGUGUCAGGAGCUUCCACUCUCCUCCUCCACCUCCUCCUCCUCCUCCUCCUCAUCAUCAUCCUCACUUGUUGA